GCUGCCGCGGCCCGGGCCGGGGGGGCGAGCGGGGAGGCGGGGGGCCGGUGCUGAGCCGCCACGGGUCACCCACCCCGAGGGUCCCCCGGCCCCAGCAGCCGCUCGCCCCCGCCUUCUGCCCGCGGGUUGCACGGGAGAGAAAUGUCGGCAUCUCCCUCCUUCGUUAGCGGGCUACGAGUACUCCCUGGAGACAUGGACCACUCAGCGGAUGCAUCCGGGCUCCUGGAAGCCCCUGAUGUUGGGUCUCAGAAAGAGAGAGUGGUGACGGAGGAGGAAUGGCUACAAAAAUGGGAAACGGGUAACAUCGGGUUUCACAAGGAAGAACGGCAUCCGCUCCUCCAAAAGUACCUGGAUGUUCUUUUAAAUGGCAGGAGUGGACUGAGGAUAUUUUUCCCACUUUGUGGUAAAGCAGUAGAGAUGAAAUGGCUGGCGGACAUGGGGCACAGCGUUGUUGGUGUGGAAGUCAGCGAGCAAGCAGUGAAGGAAUUUUUUUCAGAACACAGUCUGCCUUAUUGUGAGGAGCCAGUCCCUGAGAUUUCAGGAGCAAAAAUGUUCCAGAGUACCUCUGGCAACAUUUCCCUCUACUGCUGCAGUAUUUAUGAUUUGUCCAGCUCGAUAGUUGGCAAGUUUGAUGGGGUUUGGGACAGAGGAGCUCUUGUAGCCGUGAAUCCAUGUGACAGACAACGCUAUGCCAGUUUGAUGAUCAACCUAGUGGAGAAAAAUUCUUCUUAUCUCCUUGUUACAGUUUCAUAUGAUCCAAACAAACACAAAGGCCCACCAUUUUAUGUUCCUGAAUCCGAAAUUAAAAGUUUGUUUGGCCACUGCUGUGAAAUUAGGUGUCUUGAAAAAGUUGAUGACUUCUCGGAGAGGCACAGACAAUGGGGACUAGAUUAUUUUCUGGAAGUGCUAUAUCUACUAAAGUUUGUAGCUUGAUUAAAAUUUAUUAAAAUAACUUGCCUCCCA